UGUUGAUAUGUGACGUACACACUUGUAUAUUACUAAAACUAAGCCACUUGAAUAAAACACAUGUCAGUGUGACAUUUUAAUGAAAUCUGUGAUUAUUUCUAUACUAAGGAAAUAAUUUUUCAUAUUAACUUAAAAGUAAUACAACUUUAAAAAAUAAUAUGGCUUCAUCGAAAGUAACGUUUAAAAUUACGCUAACAUCAGAUCCAAAGCUACCAUUCAAAGUGCUUAGUGUACCAGAAGCAACUCCAUUUACUGCUGUAUUGAAAUUUGCAGCUGAAGAAUUCAAAGUUCCACCCGCAACUUCUGCUAUUAUUACAGACGAUGGUAUAGGCAUUAAUCCACAACAAACAGCAGGAAAUGUAUUUUUAAAACAUGGGUCUGAAUUGCGAUUGAUACCAAGAGAUCGCGUAGGAAGCCAAUAAAUUAUAAGUUUUAUAAUAUAUUCGUAAAUUGUUAAUUUUUUUAAGCGAA